ACCGCGGGCUCGGCGGCCGGCUCGGAGCUGCGGGCGGGGGGGGCCGGCGAUGGGGCGGCGGGCGCUGCUGGGGGGCCGGGCUCCGCUCCACCUUCUCCUGCUGUGCCACGCCUGGGCGCUGCCGCCGCCGCCGCCGCCGCGGGAGGCGCAGCCGGUGCUGCCCGCCCGCCUGCCCGCCCCGCCGGGGCAGCUGGCACUGCGGCUGGCCGCCUUCGGGAGAGCCGUCGUGCUCCGUCUCCGCCCCGACGCCGCUUUCCUGGCUCCCCGUUAUCGCCUGCAGCGCUUAGGGAGCCGGAGGGUACCGGCGCGGAGCGCGCCGCGGCGGGGAUGCUUCUACGCGGGGACCGUCGACGGGAGCCCCGAUGCCGCCGCCGUGCUCAGCCGCUGCGGUGGAGCCGGGCUCCGCGCCGCUUUCCUCCUCGAUGGGGCGGCUUAUGAGCUCCAGCCGCUCGGGCAUCGCUGGCCCGGGCCGCCCUGGAGGCGCCCGCAUCGCCUCCAGCGCCGCGCUGCCCCGCCGGGAGCCGUCCCCGCUGCUCCUGGUGCUCCCGGUCCCGGUGUUCCCGGUCCCCGGGAGCCGCUCCGCCGCGCCAAGCGCUUCGUUUCCCAGGCGCGGUAUGUGGAGACGCUGCUGGUGGCUGAUGCCUCCAUGGUGCGGUUCUACGGGGAGGAUGUGGAGAACCACGUCCUGACGCUGAUGUCCAUGGCAGCCCGCAUCUACAAGCACCCCAGCCUGAAGAACUCCAUCAGCCUGGUGGUGGUGAAGGUGCUGGUGGUGGAUGAGGAGGCAGCAGGGCCGGAGGUGUCCGACAACGGUGGGCUCACCCUGCGCAACUUCUGCAGCUGGCAGCAAAAGUUCAACCCCCCGAGUGACCGGCACCCCGAGCACUACGACACUGCCAUCCUGCUGACCAGACAGGACUUCUGUGGACACCAGAGCUGUGACACGCUGGGAGUGGCGGAUAUCGGCACCAUGUGCGACCGCAACAAAAGCUGCUCCGUGAUUGAGGAUGAGGGUCUGCAGGCAGCUUACACCCUGGCCCAUGAACUGGGCCACGUUCUCAGCAUGCCCCAUGAUGACUCCAAGACCUGCGAGCGGCUCUUUGGGCCCCUUGGCAAACACCAUAUGAUGGCCCCUCUUUUCAUCCACUUGAACAAGACCCAGCCCUGGUCUCCUUGCAGUGCUAUGUACCUCACCGAGUUCCUGGAUGGAGGGCACGGCGACUGCUUGCUCGAUGCCCCAGCAGACCCCCUGCCCCUGCCUGUGGAGCUGCCCGGCCGAGGAGCCCUGUACAGCCUGGACCAGCAGUGCCAGCAGAUCUUCGGCAAGGACUUCCAGCACUGCCCCAACACCACGGAGGAGGACAUCUGCGCCCAGCUCUGGUGCAGGACUGGCAUUGGGGAGCCUCUCUGCCACACCAAGAACGGCAGCUUGCCCUGGGCCGAUGGCACCCCUUGCAAAGCCAGUGGGAUAUGCUUGGAUGGACGCUGCAUGCCGCAGGAUGCCCUGAAACCCCAGCCAGUGGUGGACGGUGGCUGGGGCCCGUGGAGUCCCUGGGGCUCCUGCUCCCGGAGCUGUGGUGGAGGCGUGCAGUUCUCCUACCGCCACUGCGACAGCCCCAAGCCCCAGCACGGCGGCAGGUACUGCGAGGGCCAGCGCGCCAAGUACCAGUCCUGCCACACCGACGAGUGCCCGCCGGAUGGGAAAAGCUUUCGGGAGCAGCAGUGUGAGAAGUACAACAGCUACAACUUGACGGAUCUGGAAGGGAACCUCCUGGAGUGGGUACCCAAGUACGCCGGGGUGUCACCCCGAGACCGAUGCAAGCUCUUCUGCCGAGCCAGAGGGAGGAGUGAAUUCAAAGUCUUUGAGGCCAAAGUGAUCGACGGGACGCUGUGUGGACCAGAGACCCUCUCCAUCUGCGUCCAUGGCCAGUGCAUCAAGGCUGGCUGCGAUCACAUCGUUGGGUCCUCCAAGAAGCUGGAUAAAUGUGGGGUGUGUGGUGGCAACGGCUCAACGUGCAGGAAAAUAUCUGGCUCACUCAACCGAUCCAAAUACGGCUACAAUGACAUUGUCACCAUCCCCGCCGGGGCAACCAACAUCGACAUCAAACAGCGCAGCCACCGAGGGGUCCGCCACGACGGGAACUACCUGGCCCUGAGGACCCUCGAGGGCAAGUACCUGCUGAACGGAGACUUUGCCAUCUCGGCCAUGGAGCAGGACAUCCUCCUUAAGGGAACCAUCCUGAAAUACAGCGGCUCCAUGACGACCCUGGAGAGGCUGCAGAGCUUCCGACAGCUCCCGGAGCCCCUCACCGUCCAGCUGCUGACCAUCGCCAGCGAGGUCUUCCCACCCAAAGUCAAAUACACCUUCUUCAUCCCCAAGGACAUCCCUUUCAGCAAGCAGAAAGGCAAAGAGAAGAAGUCGGCCAACAUCAUCCGCCCGAUGCUGACCUCCCAAUGGGUCCUGGGUGACUGGUCCGAGUGCUCCAAGACGUGCGGCUCCGGCUGGCAGAGGCGGACGGUGGAUUGCCGGGACGUGGAGGGUCAAACCUCCUCUACCUGCGACAGAGCCCUCAAGCCUGAGGACAUCAAGCCCUGUGGUGACAUGCCCUGCCCGCUCUGGCGCCUGGGCCCCUGGUCCCCCUGCUCCCAGACCUGCGGGGAGGGCGUGCGGACACGCAACGCCUCCUGCAUCGACUACACCGGCACAAUCACUGCCCCGGAGAGAUGCAGCUCACCAGGGCCACCAGCGGCCACCGCUGCCUGCGUGCUGCAGCAGUGCUGAGCUCGGUGGUGAAGCACCCCACCAGCAACACCGGGGCAGGACAGCGAGGGUGCUGUGAGCUUCUUGUUUAACCACUCUCCAGCGGUUCAUCCCCAUCCCAUCCAUGUCUACCUCAGAGGGGGGAAUAACGGCAGCAAAGUGGGGAGGAAUCACUUCUUUUCCUUUCUCUCUUCCCUUCCUUCCAGCUGGCUGCUUGCAGGCAAGUUGUAAUUUAAAGGGAAAAUAGGUGUGUAUCCAUAGGGUUUUUCCAAAGAGCUAUUGUUAAACACAGUUGCAGACUCUGUUUGUAAGGAUUUGUUGCUGGAAAAGAACGCGGAAUCUGGCUUUGCCAUCGCCCCGUCCCAGCUGCAGGUCAAGGAGGUCCAGGGUGGGCGGCUUUGCUGAUAAAAUUGGGAUCCCUUUGCCAAAGGGUUGGAUGGGGUUGCCGUCCCCUCCCUGCAGCACUGUGGGUGUCCUUGAGCAUGAGGGGCAUUUUAUCAGCUCUGGGUUUAUUUGGGAGAUAACUCGCUUGGCUGGGAGCACGAGGGAGAUGAGGGAAAGAUCCUGGUGUGUGUUAGACAGGACAGGCGAGGUGCUGGUGGUGGUUUCUGCUGGGUUUAUAGCCUACAAGGCGACAAAGCUCUGUCUCUAAAUACCCCCAUCAUCGUACAAUCAGAGAAUCCCAGACUGGUUUGUGUUGGAAGGGACCUUAAAGCUCAUCCAGCUCCAACCCCCUGCCACGGGCAGGGACACCUUCCACUAGAGCAGGUUGCUCCAAGCCCCUGUGUCCAACCUGGCCUUGAACACUGCCAGGGAUGGGGCAGCCACAGCUUCUCUGGCCACCCUGUGCCAGCGCCUCAGCACCCUCACAGGGAAGAGCUUCUGCCUUGGAUCUAACCUGAACUUCCCCUGUUUCAGUUUGAACCCAUCAGCCCUUGUCCUAUCGCUCCAGUCCCUGAUGCAGAGCCCCUCUCCAGCAUCCCUGUACCCCUCUUCAGACACUGGGAGCUGCUCUGAGGUCUCCACGCAGCUUCUCUUCUCCAGGCUGAACAGCCCCAGUGCCAUCUGCAGAGCUAUUCCUGAGCUCUGAGCCCAUGCCUCGAUUUCCCCAGCUAUAAAACCAAGGCUUAAUGGCACUGAUCUGGCUUGAAGGGCCACCCAGAGGGUUAAUUCUGCAGUGCUUUGACUGUGAAAUGCCCAUUGUGAUGCCCCAGGCUCUCGGGUUUCCAGCGUUUCCUCUCCUACCCUUGGUUUUCAACCCCUUCAUUUCCUCAGCUUUGAUUUUGGAGGUGAUUUGCUAACCUGGCUUGCAGCAGGGAUGAGCUCUGGAUGAGUGAUUCUAUAUCUCAGGCUCCUCUCGCAAUGCCUCUCGCCUGUACCCUGCUUUGGCUCCCAUUGAAUAUCCAGUUGGAGCAGCCUUUUUCCCAUAGGAAGGGAGAAGAGCUGAAGGAGAGGACUUGAAUUUGCAGUGUCUGAGCUUCCCCAUUUACAAUUGCAAAGGGAAUCCUUUCUCUUGGCUUUUCUGCCCAAGCUAAGCUCGUGUGAGACCCUUGUCUUGCUGGCCAGGCCGGUUCCGGAUGGGACUGUGGGGUGACCCGCUUCCCAAAGCCCUGCCAGAAACCCUACCACCUAUAUGAAAACCCCGAAUAUUCAGCUUUAUCUCCCAUAGGUGACCCUAUUGAAACCAAGGAGGCUACAGCCAAGGACUGAAGGUACUGAGGGCUUGGACCUUUAAGGGAAGAGGAAAACAUGAAGUCCAGCUGCAGAGUUUGGAUGCAGAGCUGUUUGGGCUGUGUUCAGACCUACCUUAGGGCAAUGUUCUGCGUCUGCUAAUUAAUCUUCAGGAAUUUAAGCCCUCUCAUGCUCUAACAAAUAGCUGGAUGCUAAAGUCAUGUAGCCUUGUAGGGUUAUUUUCUUUCUCCCCUUGGAGUCUGUGAGGGUUUUAACUCCAAGGCCAGCGUGUUUCCUCUCUAGUGUUUAGGAUGGGUCAGAAGUUUCAGCCUGAGGUGGUGCCAAGGAAAACGUCUGUAUUUAUCACACAGGAGUCGUGCACGCCAAGGGGCUCUUCCAGUCUUGUUGUUCUCUAUAUUCCCUGCAUGGUCGCUUAGCUGGAGCUUCCUAGAUGCAAAAUCUCCCCUGCUGUGGGCAAAUCCUGCUGCUUUUCCAGCAGGGAGGAGGAUGGGGACCCCAUUGGGAGCAGGGAGACUGCAGGCAGCGAUGCUUGGUUGAGGUUUGGGGUCUGGGUGAUGGUUAGUGGGAUUCCUGCCCUUGCCUUCCAAUAGAAACAUGUAGCCUUUAAGCUGAUUUAAGACAAAGAGGUUAUAUAUUAGGAUAUAUAUGUGUAUAUAUAUGUUUCCCUUCAGUGAAGGAUUGUAGCAAUGUACUGAGCCUCUUGUGUUAGGUAUUUAUUAUGAAUCCCUGUUUGGUUUUGUACAGUGUUUUAACAUGCUGCUCUCACAUCCCCGCUCCACAACCUGCAGCAGCAUCAGAGAGGGGAAGUCUUAGCUCCUCGUUCAACCACUUUGGUACACAACUGGUGUCUCCCUCCUCCCUGCUGCACCCAGAUCAGGUGCCAUUGCCCACCGAGCUGUGAAAAGCGUGACAAACACAACCAAAAUGGAGCUUUGGACUUUCAUUUUAAGGGGGGGGGGGGGGGAGAAAAAGAUGAUUUUCCAGUUUUUAGCCUUUUGUUUGUAUUUGGGUUUAACUUUGGAAACAGUCUGUUUGUGACUCUGCCUUUACCCCUUCAAUAAAGGAUUCCCUGCCUCUGACCUCUCUGCA